AGAGCCGGGUCUCCUGGCCAGAGGGGAAGGGCGGGGGAGGAGAGAAGCGGCUGCGCUUUUUGAUUGGCUGAAGGGUCCGCGGCCGUUGGGGCGGGAAAAAGCUGUGAGGGCUCGAGGCUUUUCCUCAGACUUGAGGCGAGGACGAAAACGCCGGAAGGGAGCGAGAAAUCCAGGGUGUGACGGAAGACUCUGGAGAGUAGCUGAGGGUGCCGUUUUAUAGAUCCAGUGAACCGUUCUGGUGCCCCAAAGGCUUGUGAAUAUGGACGGAACUGUGAGGCCAGAAUUGGCCUCCCUCAGUGCCUUUCAGUUUGGAGCUGUUGCCACAGAGACGAUCGAAGAUGCUCUACUUCACCUGGCCCAGCAGAAUGAGCAAGCCGUGCAGGAGGCUGCGGGCCGGAUGGGCAGCUUCAGGGAGACCCGCAUCGUGGAGUUUGUUUUUCUCCUGUCUGAGCAAUGGUGUCUGGAGAAAUCCGUGAGCUACCAGGCUGUAGAAAUCCUAGAAAGGUUUAUGGUUAAGCAGGCAGAAAACAUCUGUAGGCAAGCCACAGUCCAACUGAGAGAUACCGAGAAGACGGAGUCUCAGAAUUGGAGGGCUCAGAAAGAGCAGCUUUUCAACAAGUUUAUCCUCCGUCUUGUGUCGUGUGUUCAGCUGGCCAGCAAACUUUCCUUCCACUACAAAAUAAUCAGCAACGUUACAGUCCUGAAUUUCCUCCAGGCUCUAGGAUAUCUAUACACUAAAGAAGAACUGCUGGAGUCAGAGCUUGAUGUUUUGAAGUCUCUGAAUUUCCAAAUCAAUCUGCCUACUCCCCUGGCAUAUGUGGAGAUGCUCCUAGAGGUUUUAGGAUACAAUGGCUGUUUGGUCCCAGCCACACGGCUGCAUGCAACCUGCCUGACCCUGCUCGACCUGGUAUAUCUUCUGCAUGAACCCAUAUAUGAGAGCCUGCUGAGGGCUUCAAUUGAGAACUCCACACCCAGUCAGCUACAAGGGGAAAAGUUUAUUUCAGUGAAAGAAGACUUCAUGCUGUUGGCAGUAGGAAUUAUUGCAGCAAGUGCUUUCAUCCAAAACCACGAGUGUUGGAGCCAGGUUGUGGGGCAUUUGCAGAGCAUCACUGGCAUUGCCUUGGAGAGUAUUGCAGAGUUCUCUUAUGCAAUCCUGACUCACAGCGUGGGAGCCAACACUCCAGGGCGACAGCCUAUUCCUCCCCACAUGGCAGCCAGAGCUCUGAGGGCUGCUGCUUCCUCUAACACAUGAGGCAGGCUGAAUCCACCAAAUGUAAACAGCCUUCCAUCACUGCACUCAUGCCUCUCUUUGUUUACUUUCAUACUCAGGGUACAAAAGUUCCAAGUCUCUUUUGAACUGUA